AUGAUGGAGGUUCGCGAAAGACAAAGCGCGACUGGAAAUCGUCUACAACCAACACCUCGACCUCAGCAUCACCAACAUCGUACCUUUUCUCUCCGCGACCGUGGCUCAGUCCUGUAUGCACGACUACGGAACAAGGAUCGACAAAAGUACCUCAAAUCCCUCGACAACACGACUAUGAAUCUCCUACUUGCCGAAGACUAUCUCCUCCAAGAUUACCCCGAACACAUCACCAACACAAUCCGAUCCGGUCACUCUACAUGCGUGCGCUUCAACCGGACGGGCGACUUCCUCGCCUCAGGGAGGGUUGAUGGCACUGUGGUGAUUUGGGAUCUUGAGACCAUGGGGGUUGCGCGCAAGCUUCGAGGACACUUCAAGAACAUCACCUCGCUAAGCUGGUCACGAUGUGGGCGAUACUUGCUGUCUGCCUGCCAAGCCUGGAAGGUAAUCCUCUGGGAUCUACAAGAUGGGAGCAAGUAUCGCGAGGUGCGAUUCCGCGCGCCUGUUUAUGGGGCCGAACUACACCCAAUGCAUCACCACCAGUUUGUCGCCGCGUUAUUCGAAGAACAGCCGAUGCUCGUCGAUGUUACCGAUCCCGUCGAAGUACGACAUAUCCUCCCUUCAGUCGAGAAGCGAUCCGACGACGGUGCCGACACCGCGACAAAAGAAGAGCACGCCAAGCAAGAUGCGAGCCACAGGACGACAGCGAUCGUAUACACGGCGACAGGCGAACAUCUCCUCGCCGGCACGACCAAAGGCCGACUCAACAUCAUCGAUGCGACGACACAUGAGAUCAUCUACUCGGAAAAGAUUGCCGGCGGUGUAAUAACCACAUUACGACUUACAGACUCUGGCAAAGAGCUGCUGGUUAAUGCACAAGAUCGGACAAUCAGGACAUUCAAAGUGCCAGACCUGACAUCGGCAGACCUGGACCCCGACACGAUCCAAAUCCCGCUCGAGCACAAGUUCCAGGACUUGGUCAACCGCUUAUCAUGGAACCAUGCUGCAUUCAGUUCGACCGGAGAGUAUGUUGCAGCAUCGACGUUUAAUAACCACGAGCUAUACAUCUGGGAGCGCGGCCAUGGCAGUCUGGUACGCAUGCUGGAGGGGCCAAAGGAGGAACAGGGUGUCAUAGAAUGGCAUCCCCACAAGCCCUUGCUAGCAGCAUGCGGUCUGGAAACGGGGAGGAUAAACAUCUGGUCGGUAACAAGUCCACAGCGGUGGUCGGCGCUGGCGCCGGAUUUCGUCGAGGUCGAGGAGAACGUCGAGUACAUUGAGAAGGAGGACGAAUUCGAUAUCCACCCGCACGAAGAGAUCCAGAAGCGACGGCUCGACGCCGAAGACGAGGAUGUCGAUGUGUUGGGGGAUGCGGGGGCUGGCGGCGACGUGGCACCAUUCAGGAUGCCGGUGCUUUUCAACCUCGGGGAGUCGGACAGCGAAGAAGAGUUUGUGAACGUGGGAUUGGGGACGCUCAGGCGUAAGAGCCCUGACGAUCAAGACGACGGUGGAUCUGUAGCAGAGAAACCGCCUGCCAAGAAGACGGUCACGCAAAGGACUCGGACGAGGAAGAGGUGA